GGCUGGCUCCAAGCCUCAGUCAGUUCCAAGAGCAGCACAGGUGAGCUGCCUCAGAACUUUUCCUCUGGGCCCCUCUGACUCCAGGAAGGUUCCAGUGUGGUGCGAGACUCUUCCAGCCCAGCGAGGAGCCCAGCAUGUUCCUGAAGGCUGUGGUCUUGACCCUGGCCCUGGUGGCUGUCACCGGGGCCCGGGCUGAGGUCAAUGCUGACCAGGUGGCCACGGUGGUGUGGGACUACUUCAGCCAGCUGAGCAACAGUGCCAAGGAGGCUGUGGAGCAUCUCCAGAAGUCUGAGCUCACCCAGAAGCUCAACACGCUUUUCCAGGACAAACUUGAGGAAGUGAACACCUACAGGACCGAUCUGCAGAAGCGGCUGGUGCCCUUCGCCACGGCGCUGCACGAACGCCUGACCAAAGACUCAGAGAAGCUGAAGGAAGAGAUUCGGAAGGAGCUGGAGGAGCUGCGGGCCCGGCUGCUGCCCCACGCCGACAAGGUGAGCCAAAAGAUCGGCGACAACAUGCGCGAGCUGCAGCAGCGCCUGGGUCCCCACGCGGAGGAACUGCGCGCCCAGGUCAGCGCGCAAGCCGAGCAGCUGCGGCGCCAGCUGAGCCCCUACGCGGAGCGCAUGCAGAGCGUGCUGCGCGACAACGCGCGCAGCCUGGGGGCCUCCCUGACGCCCUACGCCGACCAGCUCAAGGCCCAGAUCAACCAGAACGUGGAGGAGCUCAAGAACCGCCUCACGCCCUACGCCGACGAGCUCAAGGUCAAGAUCGACCAGAGCGUGGAGCAGCUGCGCAGCCAGCUGGCUCCCUACGCGGAGGAUGCCCAGGAGAAGCUGAACCGCCAGCUCGAGGGCCUGGCCUUCCAGAUGAAGAAGAGCGCCGAGGAGCUGAAGGCCAAGAUCUCGGCCAACGCCGACGAGCUGCGGCAGAAGCUGGUGCCCCUGGCCGAGGACGUGCACGGCAAGCUGAGGGGCAACCCCGACGGACUGCAGAAGUCACUGGCCGAGCUGAGCGGCCACCUGGACCGCCAAGUGGAGGAAUUCCGCCGCCGUGUGGAGCCCUACGGAGAGACCUUCAGCAAAGCUUUGGUGCAGCAGGUGGAGGAACUCAGGCAGAAGCUGGGCCCGUAUGCGGGGGACGUGGAAGGCCACUUGAGUUUCCUGGAGAAGGAUCUGAGGGACAAGGUCAGCUCCUUCUUCAGCACUCUCAAGGAGGAGAGCCAAGACAAGCCCCUGGCCCUCCCCGAUCAGGAGCCGGCCCUGGGCCCCCUGGAGAACUGAGCUGCCCCUGGUGCUGGCGCCCCACCACUGACACUUGCCCGGCCCUGCCACCAGUGUGUCCAUCUGUUCCAAAGAAGUUCUUGUAUGAGCUUGAGGACACGUGUCCAGCAGAAAGUGACACUUCCUCUCGCUACUCAAUAAAACUGCUGAGAAACUA